CCACUUUGUUCGUUGGUGCCCUCAUCCUAGGCCUUCUAACCCCCAAUCCGCCCUUGUGCCUUCGAAUACUAUUUCUCCUCCGCUUUUUACCUUGCCAUCCAAUUCUACGUCUGGCAGUUCUUAUAUGGCCAAUUCUUCGGGCCAGUUGGGUAGAGGUAUGGGUUGGAGUCGGACCAAGCAGAGGUUGGACGUGUUGGAGCAUACUGUUGUCGAGAUGAAAAUCAGAUACGACUCGGAGGUUGAAAGAGAGAAGAAUUUGAGGGAGGAAGAGGAGAAGACGAAGAAGGAGAAGGAGGAGGAAGAGCGUCGAGCUUUGGAGAAGAAGGACCGUGAGGACUUUCGUAAGCAACUUACGGAUUCAAUGAACUCCAGAUUGGAUGGCGUCGUAGAUUUGCUUAGGGGUAAGGGAAACUCCAAUGAGGUGGAAGCACUCUGCAAGGAUAUCGAAAAAUUGGAAAAGAAGCAGGUCGCGGAAGCUUCUACUAGCUUUGUUCUGGGUAGGAAUUUUGAUAACGAUGGGGUUCUUGCACAAGUUCUCGCUGAGCAGGAGAGGAUGAAGGUGCAGUUGGAGGAUGCGUUGACGGCCAAGCGUCGACUAGUUGACCUGGAGAAGGAGACGAAAGAGGUAAUUCAGGCACGGGACGAGGCUCGUGUUGAUGUUGAGAAGUGGCAGGAGGAGGCUCUUCGUCCCGGUAAGCGGGGUUGCAUCUCCUUGACUACUCCUACUACGAAGACUCUCUCUCGUCCUUUUAGGCCUUCUCCCCGAAAGUCGUCGGCUGUCUCCAUUGACUUGAGAAAGAUUUUUGAUAUGCAUCAUCUUGAAGUCGAGACUAUUCAGGAUAUGCGCACGCGUGAGUUCAAUGCGCGAAGGGAAGGGAAACAGGAGUUGGAAAGAGCCAGGACAAGGAUUGCGCAGUUGGAGAAGGAGCGUUUGAAUCUUGAUAAGGCUAAUCACACCACUCACACUCCACGUUCCAACCUGCAUGGGCGUAUGGAGGAAGCGGUUGCUGUCAAAGGGAAGGAGAAGGUGGGUGCUGAUGUAACGGUCUCUUUGGAGCAAGAGAAAAGGGCUAACUUUAUUAAAGAUGCCAGGAAGGAUUUGAGGGGCUUGACUAAGGAUGCGUUGACUGCGAUUUACCAGAAGGAAGGUUUGAAGUAUGUUGGUAUUAAACAGAGUGUUGAGGAUAUCAUUGUGCAUCGUGUUAGCAUGGUUUUUCCGUCGAAGGACGAUGUUGUUGAAGUUUCUGAAGAUCUCGCUGGGGGAGAUGGUAAGGGUGUCGGGGGAGAUUCUGUCGUUUCUUAGAAUCUCUCCCGGAUGUGACGUGUCUUUGGAAGUUUUUUUCUCACUGUGUUAAACUUCGGUCAAACUCUCCUUCAUA